AUGUAUAUGCAACCGCAACAAUAUCCACCUCGUGGUUAUGAAAUGCAUCCUCACCAUAAUCCCCAUCCGCCUCCUCCAAUGCCUCAUCCUUCAAUGAUGCAACAUCAUCAAUAUCAACAACAACAACAAGUUAUGACUCGUCCACCGAUUCCCGAAUCUAUUCCUCCAUCUUCUCAAUCUCAAGAAGUAUCUGGUAAUCAAUGCGAUUUCUGUCUUGGCGAUGAAUAUGAAAACAAAAAGACUCAUAAAUCUGAAGAAUUAAUUACAUGUAAAGAUUGUUCGCGUAGUGCUCAUCCGACAUGUUUAAAUUUUAAUCCAAAUAUGUUAUUAAGUGUUAAAAAGUAUAAUUGGCAAUGCAUGGAAUGUAAAACGUGUUCAAUAUGUGGAAACUCAGAGAAUGAUUCCCAGUUAUUAUUUUGUGAUGAUUGUGAUCGUGGUUAUCAUUUUUAUUGUCUCCAGCCACCAUUAUCGAAAGCACCUGAGGGUGAUUGGAGAUGCAAAUUAUGUGUUACACAAUUUGGAGAAUUACAGGAAAACUAA